AUGUCAACAACGUCAGCUACUAAUAAUACAUUACCACAAUUAUCAUCGAUAUCCAAUGAUGAAUCUGCUGAUGUAUUAGAAAAUGGAACGGGACUAUCAAAUCAUUCAAGAACAAGAUCAAGAAAUGAAAACAUAGGAGUAACAUGGAUAGAUUUAUUUCUUAAAUGUGAUCAAAAAUUUUCGGGUAGUUUACUUCAUAUAUGUUAUCGUAUUAUUGAUGUAAUACUUCUUUGUACUGGUCUUUCAUCGGGAUACGCAACAUGUCAUAUAUCAAAUAAUUUAACUUCAACAUCAUUAUGUUUAUUAAUAUUUUAUUUUAUUGAUUUUUUAAUAAUAAUUACGAAUUUAUGUCGUUGUACAAUGCCAAGUCAUCAUCAAUUAACUGAAGAAGAAAAAUCCGAACGAUUUCGACGUGUUACAGCUUUACGUGGAUUUUUUCUUUUCUUUAAAUUAAUACCUGCAUUUUUUGGAGCAGGUUACGUCUUAACAGUUAAAAUGCCAUUAGAUAAUGAAUGUCAAUUAAUGCGUUUUUGUCUUGGUGUUGUUUGUAUAAGUACAAUAUUAGUUAUAAUUAUGCCACCAACAAAACCAGUUAUGCCACAACGACGUUCAUUCAUUAUGGAAUGUUUUAUUCUUUCAUUUAUUUUAAUUGUUAAUGGCGCAUAUUUUUUAUCAACAGCAUUAUCUAUGAAAAAUGUUCAACAAUCAUCAUGUAUAUAUCAAACGAGAAAAGAUUUAUAUUUAGGUGCACCUUUAAAAUCUUAUGCAUAUAUUGGUUUAUUAUUAUUUAGUUGUACAACAACAAUUCAUAUAAUUAGUAUGUUAAUAAGUCAAAUAUGUAAUCGUCUAAGAAAUGGUCGACGUUUAUAUACAUAUUAUUAUGCUUUACAAUAUACAUUAAAUUAUUUUGGUGCACUUAUGGUUAUUUAUUAUUUAUCAGUUGGAGCUUUAUUUUUAUUACGCCCACGUUCGGGACAACCAUGUCGAGAAGAUGCACCGGGAUUAUUUCGAACAUUACUAGUAUGGGAAUGGAUACGAGUUUUAUCUCCAUUAGUAGCAGUGCCACUAGUCUUAAUACUUUGUUGUUUGGGAGUGUUCUUUGGAUUUAUUUUAAGUUAUUGUUUACCAGCAUCGGUUACUGUUCCACUUCUUGAAGUAAUUCGAAACUGGUUAUCAGCUGCUCCUGUAAAUAUUAAUAGAGAGCCUCCAGCUACACGAGCAACACUUUCUGCAUUACCAGUUGUUCAAUUUGGUCAAGAACCUGAUCAGUUUAAUCAAACUGAAUGUGCAAUCUGUCGAGCAAAUUUCGAAGCUGAUGAACCACUAAAAAAACUUGAAUGUGCACAUUUAUUUCAUUCAGAAUGUGUGGAUACUUGGUUAUCAGUUACAGGUAUAUGUCCUAUAUGUCGUCAUCGAAUGUCAUCAAUACAUUAA